CCCCGUCAGUAGGUGGCAGAGCACACUCACACAUACAAACUGAACGUACUACACGUAGAAGUAUGUGUUCGCGAUGUAUUGUUCUAAAAGAAAACAUUACCGUAUCGCGUACACGUUGUUUUUAUAAAAUCACACAAUAGAGAAUCAGUAUACCAAAUGCUGUCCUCUAGGCUAGAAGGAUGUUUUAAAGAUGUGUGGCUCAGCUUUCGAUUUAAGUUACGGUGCUGUGUUGCAAUAACCCAUAAUAGGAAAAUGCUGUGUGAAGAAUACCAGAAAAUGAGGGAUCCGUUAGUAUUCCUUCAAGAGUCAAGUAUAUAAAUUACUGGUGUGGAUACGUGAACAACUGUUGAUGUGAAGAGAAUGUCUGUGGAUAUAAAACAAACAUGAUGCUACGACAAAACAGCUGAUCUUAAAGUGGACGUGGAGACUUUGUCAGCACUCUGGACAUUCCUGUUUUCAUUAGAAAUGGAGUUUCCAGGACACAGUCAGCAGCUCCUGUCCAGCUUGCGCUCUCAGCGUCUUCAAGGUUUCCUAUGUGACUGCACGGUGCAGGUCGGCCCGACUCGUUUCGGAGCCCACCGUGCCGUAUUGGCCUCUUUCUCCCCAUUCUUCCAUAUGUUUUACUCUGAUCAGUCAAUGGGGAACACCAGCACAAUCAACGGAGGACCACAAAGAGACACAGUUACAAUUAAUGGAGAUAUCGUGACCCCUCAAGCCUUCGGACUCCUCCUUGAUUUCAUGUACGAAGGGGUUUUGCGAUUAGCGCCUCACCCUCCUCCAGAGGACGUCCUUGCCGCAGCCAGCUUCCUACAUAUGAACGACGUGGUACGAGUUUGCAAAAGACGUCUGCAGGGUCGAGGACUGGCUGAGGCGGAUAGUACAAGAGUAGAAGUUGGAGCAAACGACUCAGCUAAACCUGGAGAGCUUGAUGGCUUGGGUGGAGAAGAUGCACCUGGUGUAGAAACAGAAAGAGAUGGAGGAGUAGCACAUUGUCCACAGUCGAGCCAACAGAUGUCGGUUUAUAUCGAUACAAAGAGUGAAACACAAGCAGGGAUGGCUAAUCUUCUCACACACAGUGUGGAGAGUUCAGAAAUGGCGGAUACGACGCAACCAGGAAUGGACUCGCAACCAGCAAUAAGUAAUUCUUGUUCAGGUCCGUCCACGCAUCGUUCUUCACCUAGGCUUGACAAGACAAGAGUAUCGGUACGGUCUGCUAGCCUCGAGUCUGCACUUUCAAGUCCAUGUAGUACGACAGAACCUGUUGUAGCCACCACAGUUGCUUUGAGCAGUGUGGACAACGCUAGUGCUGCUCAAGAACAUGAACCUAGCGUUUUCAUACAGGCACAAACACUUAAACCUCAAUUCCAGAAUAAAGGUACUGGAAAUCCAGGAACUUCACAAAACGCUUCACAAAACAAUCAGAUCCAGAAUGAAAGCAGACAUGAGAAUGCAUUGCACAAUGCAAGAAGCACGCAAAAUAAGCGUAAAAAAACAAAAUCAAGGGAGGAAAACGAAGACCGCUUUAAAGUUAAAGUGGAGGCUAUUGUGAUUUCGGAUGAGGAGUCUGAUGAUGUAGAUGAGACGGUGGUAAUGGACGACGACCCGAGUAGAAAUGCAGAUUUAGAUCACGCCGAUGAUUAUGAUGAUAGUAACCAUGAUGUUGAGGAGCUGACUGAUACUCAGUUUAUACCUGCACACCCGCUAAUUCAUCUUCCACAUCAAGAACCUCUUUCUUUCCCUCCCUCACCGCAAGGUCCUAAUACUUCCACAGCAGAAACCACCAGCUUUUCUUCAGCACUUUUUCCAGCCAAUUCGCAGCCGGAGCAGCAGGCCAUGUACCUUGAGGAAUUUCAUGACUCACUUGGGAGUUACGUCGAGGACGUGCCAACUUGUAACACUUGCGGGAAGACUUUUUCCUGUGCUUAUACCCUGAGGAGACAUGCCAUUGUGCAUACUAGGGAGCGACCUUAUGAGUGCAGCUACUGUUACCGCAGUUACACGCAGUCGGGAGACUUGUACAGGCACAUCAGAAAGGCACACGAUCACGGCUUACCAGUUAAACGCAGCAGAGUUGAGUCAGACCCUCCACCGUCACCACCACCUCCUCAACCUCCCCAGACGUAGCCCUCAUUUAUGGCUUAAUCCUUUAUACAGGUCCUUUAAAAGUAUGAAAUACUGCAGAAGGCUUUUACAAAUAUCACAAAAUCUUGCCACAUCUAUAUUUUGUGGCUCAUGCCUCAAAAUGGCAAAUGUGACUGCUGCUGUGCCAUUUACAAACAGAACCAAUGGUAUUGAAAAAAGGUUUUUGGUGUUGAUUCAUAUUUGUAAUGUUGCACAACCCGGUUUUAAUAUUCAUUGCUAAAAGAUAUUGUUUUUAUAUAAAGAUAGGCAGUGUAAGUCAAUUUGAAUUGGUGUGGUUCGAGCACGCCAGCCUGGUAUAUUACAACAACCAUUUAAUAGGUACCUAAUCACAUUCAUGCUGGCGUUUUACAGUUUAAAAUGUCAUGUUUAUGUCUCUUAUGGAAUAUUGUAGCUGUUAUAUCAAGAAAUGAGCAUUAAGAUCCAUUAGAGCAGAUAAAUGACUAUAUCACUACAAUGACGAAUUUUGCUGUGUUUGUGUUUGUGCAUUUUUGUGAGCGUGAAAGAUGUUGAGACUUUUAAAUAUACUACCAGUCAAAAGUUUUUGAACAUUUUUUAAGUUUUUUUAAGACGUUUCUUCUGCUCACUAAGCCUGCCUUUAUUUGAUCCAAAGUACAGUAAUAUCGUUGCGCUUUAAAAUAAUUUUCUAUUUCAGUAUAUUUAAAAAUGUAAUUUAUUCAUGUGAUUUCAAAGCUUAAUUUUUAGCAUCAUUACUUCAGUCACAUGGUCCUCCAGAAAUCAUUCUAAUAUUAUGAUUUGCUGCUCAAAAAACAUUAAGCAUCAUUUUUAAUCUAUUUAAAGCAUCCUUGCUAAAUAAAAGUAUUCUAAAAAAUACUAUAGUUCUAUAGUUUCAUCCCAAAAAUUGUCCUAUUCAUCAAAGAAUGCUGAAAAAAUGUACUUAACUUUUUUAAAUAUUAAUAGAAAUAAUAAAUAUUUUUUGAACAGCAAAUCAGCAUAUUAGAAUGACUUUUUUGAAGGAUCAUGUGACACUGAAGACUGGAGUAAUGAUGCUGAAAAUUUAGCUUUGAUCACAGGAAUAAAUUACAUUUUUAAAUAUAUUUAAAUAGAAAGCAGCUAUUUUAAAUAGUAAAAAUAUUUUACAGUUUUACUGCUUUUACUGCACUUUGGAUCAAGUAAAUGCAGGCUUGGUGAGCAAAAGAGACUUAUUAAAAAAUUAAAAAUCUUACUGUUCAAAAACUUAUGACUGGUAGUGUAGGUGCUAUAAAUUACACACCAGCUUUCAGUGCUUUUGAGAUCGGUUCAAUUAUUUGUUGUGAAAUAUUUAGAGAACUACACUAUUGUUCAAAAGUUUGGGGUCAGUAAGAUUUUUUAAAAUUUUAAAUUAGUACUUUUAUUCAGAAAGGACGCAAUAAAUUGAUCAAAAGUCAAAGUAAAAACAUUUAGAAAAUAACAAAAGAUUAUGUUGCAAAUAAAAGCUUUCUAUUCAUCAAAGAAUUCUGAAAAAACAUAUCACGGUUUCCAAAAAAAUAUUAAAGAGCACAGCUGUUUUUAAUAUUUUUGAUAAUAGUUUCUUGAGCAUAUCAGCAUUAUAUUAAAGAUAUUUUAACAUCCUGAUAUCUGAAGAAUCAUGUGACACUGAAGACUGGAGUAAUGACUCCUGAAUUUAGGUUUGCCAUCACAGAAAUAAUUACAUUUUAAAAUAUAUUCAAAUAAACAGUUAUUUUACAUUUUGUCUUACUGUAUUUUUAAUUAAAAAAAUGCAGCCUCAGUGAACAUAAGAGCCUUCUUUCAAAAAUGUACACACCCCAGAUGUUUGAAUGGUAAUGUACGUCAGAUCAAAACCUAAUAUACUGUUAAAUAAUGGCCAAAUAUAUGUCUGAAUUAAAAGUCUGCACAAGGGAGAACAAUAAAACAAGACUUUUAAUAGUUA